CCCCCCUUCUCUUAUCCGUUUCUGCUCGUACUGCAACUUACCCAUUUCACAUAAUCACUUUGUUAUACCUACGGAACCAAAUGGAGAAUGAUGGGGGUUUCUUUGUUUCAAUGGCGACGCUAAUUAAGAUCAUGUUAUUGACUUCAUUGGCGGGAGGUGUUGCCUCAUCAAGACCGGUGAAAGUAACGGAGACUGAGCACUACAGGAGAACCCUGCUCGCCAAUGGCCUUGGCUUGACUCCUCCCAUGGGAUGGAAUAGUUGGAACCAUUUCUACUGCAACAUUGAUGAGAAAACCAUCAAAAAAGCUGCGGAUGCUCUCAUUGCCACCGGUCUUUCUAAGCUCGGAUAUACCUAUGUUAAUAUAGAUGAUUGCUGGGCUGAAUUAACUCGUGAUGAAAAGGGUAAUUUGGUACCUAGGAAAUCAACAUUUCCAUCUGGCAUUAAAGCUCUGGCAGACUAUGUUCAUAGCAAGGGUCUUAAGCUUGGAAUAUAUUCAGAUGCAGGGUAUUUUACAUGCAGCAAAACCAUGCCCGGUUCCCUUGGGCAUGAAGAACAAGACGCUAAAACAUUUGCUUCAUGGGGCAUUGAUUACUUGAAGUAUGACAACUGUUACAAUGAUGGCUCAAAGCCUACUGUAAGAUACCCUGUCAUGACUCGUGCUCUAAUGAAGUGUGGCCGCCCAAUCUACUUCUCCCUAUGUGAAUGGGGAGACUUGCAUCCUGCUUUAUGGGGUGCUCCUGUCGGAAAUAGUUGGAGAACAACUAAUGAUAUAGCUGAUACAUGGGAAAGUAUGGUUUCUAGAGCAGACUUGAACGAGUUUUACGCUGAUUAUGCAAGGCCUGGUGGUUGGAAUGACCCUGACAUGCUUGAGGUUGGAAAUGGAGGGAUGACAGAGGACGAAUACAUGGUCCAUUUCAGUAUAUGGGCCAUUUCCAAGGCACCUCUUCUACUCGGUUGUGAUUUGAGAAAUGUGACAAAAGACACACUAGAUAUCAUUGCCAACAAGGAGGUCAUUGCUGUUAACCAAGAUCCACAGGGUGUACAAGCUCAUAAGGUUAGAAGUGAAGGUGACCUUGAGAUUUGGACAGGUCCACUUUCAGGUUAUAGAGUAGCAUUACUCCUUGUCAACCGAGGUCCCUUACGCAGAGCCAUAACAGCUAACUGGGAUGACCUGGCAAUCCCCCCAAACACUUAUGUUGAAGCAAGAGAUCUCUGGGAGCACAAGACAUUGACAACACCGUUUGUUGGAAACCUGACAGCUACAGUGAACUCUCACGGAUGCAAGAUGUAUAUCUUGAAGCCUAUUUCAUAAGAUCCAUAGCACACAACAUUGUACUGAAAUAUUAUGAAGUAGGAAGAGAAUAACAACCACGGCCAUUGUUUUCACUGCACUAUUUACGAAGAGCAAAAUGUCUGAUUCUCAGUUUAUGGCCUUUUCAGUGUAGAAGCAUAAUCAUAAAUGGUCUCUACAAUUAUUUCAGAGUUGAUCAUAUUAUAAAGCUUAAGUUAAUAUAAAAAAAGGCUUCCCUUAUUACUCCA